CAAAAAUAUUAUGGAAAUAAGUUACUUUCAGAAGAAAAUUUAUCAUAUUAUAUAUAGUGCAAAUCUCUUUUGAGUUAUUAUCAUUCACAAGCAAAACACCACAUUAUUAUCAUAUUACAUAUACUAUAAGAUCAUUUGAAUUAUCAUUCACAAGUAAAACACCACAAUGUUUCCGCAGUUGACACUAAUCUUUCUUUUCUCUCUUGUUGUAAUCCACCCCCUUCAUGUCUCAGCCAAGACAUGGUGUGUGGCAAAUACAUCCGCAGCACCUACACAACUACAAGCUAAUAUUGAUUAUGCAUGUAGCGAAGGAAAAGUUGACUGUGCAAAAAUCAAUCCCGGUGGAGUUUGCUUUGAUCCAGAUACUGUUCUUAGCCAUGCAUCAUUUGUGAUGAAUGAUUUCUACCAGAAUCAUGGGAGCACUGAAGAGGCGUGUAAUUUUAGUGGUACUGGUCAAGUCGUUACUGCUGAUCCAAGUUAUGGUAGUUGUGUGUAUACAUAGAAUACAUGGUUUGAUGAAUGAUUUUGUGAUUGCAAAGUUUUCUUAGGAAUAAUACAAUUAUGCUAAAUCAAUGUAUUGUUAAACAUUAUGUAAGGUUAAUAAAAACUAAAGCUAUUUUAAUUCAGUUUUAUUCAUAUUAAAUGUUUUUAUCUUGAUGAUUUUGCCAAAACUCUAAGAGUGCUACAUGGUAUGACAAGUGAUCACUAUUUUAUUGCAAAUAUCAUCUACUGAGUCUAUGAAAAAAAUUAUCCUUUUUUGAAAACAACUUUUGACGAUUUCUCGAUUUGUAAUCGA